AUGUCGAGUGAUAGCAGUGACUUAGAUUAUGAUCCCGUAGAUGACAGUGCAUCUGACGAAGAAGAUGAAUUUUCAUAUAAUUCAAGAGAAAGUGACGUGGAAGCCGAAUGCGUCACUUUUGAAGGCUGGAUUAUCGUGCCACAUCCUGAGGAUGAUAAACGGCUAACCGAUGUGGUACAACCGACCCUCCACUAUGAUGUACAUCCAGCUGUAGUCCUGGAAGAAGUGAUGUCUCCAAUGAAAUGUUUCGAAACAUUUGUUAGUGAGACAAUUGUAACAUUUUUAUGCAAAUGGACUAAUGAACGUGUGGCAAAAUAUUUCCUUGAAAAUAUUGACAAAAAUAUGAAAGUACACGGAUUACGUUGGCGUGAUGUGACAGUUAGUGAAAUGUACGUAUUCAUUGCUCUGGUACUUAUGCAAGGCCUGAUCCAUUUACCACACCCUAGUGAUUACUGGAGAAGAGACUUUCUUUUGGCUGGACCCCAAGUUUUUUCCGCCACCAUAAUGAGUAGGGAUAGAUUUCUAUCUAUCAUGAAAUUUUUACGCUUUUCUGACCCUAAAGCCACCGACCCAUCUAGACCCAUGACCCGUUUGGCAAUGUUCUUCGCUUUUAUAAAGGAAAAUACGAUGAUUGCGAUUGAUCCAGGCGAAACUUUUGCACUUGAUGAAUGCCUUAUGUUGUACAAGGGCAGACUACAUUUCAAACAGUAUAUCAACUCCAAAAGAUCUAGAUUUGGAAUCAAACUGUUUGCUCUGUGCCCUAGUGAUCCCAAAUUUAGAGGCUAUACCUACAGUUUUGCAUUGUACAUCGGUAGAGACAUAUAUAACGUUGCACACAUUCCAGGAACUGAUGCGCUUUCGAUGUCUGAAAGAGUGGUUGUGUAUAUGCUGUCAAACUUACUUGAUGAAGGCCGUGAACUGAUCUUGGAUAAUUGGUACGUGUCAGUUAGGUUAGUUGAGUUCUUGUUGACACGAAAUGCUUACGUGACAGGUACAAUUAGAACCAACAGGGGAGUACCGUCUGAGCUCACACAACUUCAGUUGAAAAAAGGACAGUCGUGUUUUAUUAGAAAGGGAGAUGUACUGAUUGUGGGUUAUAAAGACAAAAAGGACGUUUAUGUGAUCACAUCGAAACUGACCGCUGAUUUCGUUCAGAAAGACCAGUAUUCCGUUGUCGAUAAACGCGUUGUAGUUUUACAAAAGCCAAGUCAUGUGGAUCACUAUAAUUCAAAUAUGGGUGCCGUUGAUGCAACGGAUCAGGACAUGGAACCAUACAAUGCAGCACGGAAGAGCUACGCCUGGUUCAAGAAAGUUGGGAUCCAAGUGUUACAGAGGAUGGUACUGAAUGCCAAAGUCCUCUACUCGGUUACAAACAAACGAAAAGUAGACAUGAAAGACUUCACAUUACAGUUAUGUGAUGAAAUUCUUGCCAAACAUCUUUCAGACUAUACAGCAAUGCGUGAUCAACACAAAAACGCGAAAAGGCAAAAACUUAGUGAACCAUCAACAUCAAGGUUGGCAGGACGUGAGCUCGUUCGUAGUGAACAGAACACGAGACGCAGAUGCUGGGUAUGCUACAACAUUGAGAAGAAGCGCUCUAUUUUCACGUAUAAGUGUUGUAUUGGAUGUAAAAACCGCAUACCAUUGUGUUCCUUAGACCACUUUACAUACUAUCAUGAUAACCUAUGA